AUGUUUGCCUCGUUCCAGCUGCCAGUCUUCGCCAGGACUGUGGUAAUGCGUCCACGACUGCCACUUCGUGCGCUGCCGCUGGCUGCUGCUGGGAUCCUCUCCCUUCCGGCACCCCCGGUCCCUAACACGACCCUCAGAGUCACCUGUGGAGAGGCCAUCUCCGAUGCCGACACUUGCGCCUCCAACGGAUGCUGCUGGGACCUUGUGCCUACCGGAAGCACCGCCCCCAGGCAUGUAAUCACGGACGUCAUUUCGAUCGCUCCCACGGAUGGUGGCUUUGUCAUCCGCAAUCGCUGCUACACCGCUCCGAACUACUGUCCCGCUGUGCCUGUGGCUUCGAACCUGAGAAUCGACUGUGGCACCUCCAACACCACUCAGGCAAGCUGCGGCAACAGCGGCUGCUGCUGGAGCCCUCCUGCUCCCACCGAUCCUCCUGGACCCUCGUGCUACCUGAACCUCAACUCCACCAGCAUUGGCUGUCCGGCCGUUCCUGUUGCCAAAUGGUAUCGCCUGGAGUGUGGCAACCCCACGACCACCCCGCUCGGUUGUAUCAGCAUGGGCUGCUGCUGGGAUGCCAGCGUGCUUGGCGAUGGUCCCAACUGCUACACCAAGCAGUCUGGUCUCCCGGCUCCACUUCCCCCUUCGAUCCCGACCCCUCCUCCUCAGGAUCCCAACACCGGCGACUAUUCGAUUCUCUUCAUCGGUCUUACGGCCCCUGUCCAUAUGUUCGUUGCUCCCGUUUCCGGCAAGGUCAUCCUCCUUGAGCGCAUCUACGGCGGUGUCUUGAACACCACCCACUCCUACGAGAUCGACGUCACCACCGCUACCGAGCGCCCUCUCCACAUCCUCAGUGACAUCUUCUGCUCCGCCGGCGCCAUUCUCCCUGUGCCUUCGGCCACCCUGAUCAACACUGGUGGCUGGUCCGACAAUGCCCUCUACGGCAUCCGUGCUUUCAACCCUUGCGGCUCCAACGGUGUCUCUGGCACCUGCGACUGGAUUGAAAACAACCAGAUUGCCAAGCUCCAGGUUCCCCGUUGGUACCCCAGCGCUGUGACCCUCUCGAACGGCCAGAUUGCCGUCAUUGGAGGUCUGACUGCCCAGACCGUCGCCGGCGGUGUCAACCAGCCGACCUACGAGUUCCUGCCUCCCAACGGCCAGCACAACGGUCUGCGCACCAUGAAGCUUCUCGUCGACACCAACGCCGGAAACCUCUACCCGAUCGCCAUCGUCAUGCCUGACGGCAAGGUUCUGGUUCACGUCAAGAACACCCACCAGCUCUACGACCAGGACCUCAACUUCCUCUCGGCCCUGCCCAACAGCCCUGUUGAGCCCUCACCCCACGGCGCCCGCACCUACCCCAUGACUGGAAUGAACGCCCUGCUCCCUCUCGAUCCCGCCAACAACUACGCCGCCAAGGUGCUCGUCUGCGGUGGUGGCUCGGACUUCCCCAAGACCUCGCCUGCUCUCAGUUCGUGCAGCACCCUCGACUACAACUCGCAGACUUGGUCGCCUCUCGAGACGAUGCCCAUUCCUCGUGUGCUUGGUGAUCUCGUUAUCCUCGCCGAUGGCACCUAUUUGAUGAUCAACGGUGCCCAGCAGGGAUCGUCUGGCUUCAACUUGACCCAGGUCUGCGCUUCCACGGCCCUCCACUACGAUCCCACCAAGGCUUUCGGUCAGCGCAUCACCGUUGGCGGCACCACUUCGAUCUGCCGUCUCUACCAUUCUCUGGCCCUCCUCCUUCCCGACGCCCGUGUCCUGAUUGCUGGCUCGACCCCGAACCUGAACUCGAACGCCGUUCUGCCCUAUGUCACCUACCCGAACGAGAAGACUAUCGAGAUCUACACCCCGGCUUACAUCAACAAGGCUCCCCGUCCCGUCAUCUCGCCCUUCACCAGCGACUUCCGCAUCUGGAAGUACAACACCCAGUACUCUUUCAACGCCACCCUUCCCUCCGGUAACACUGGCACCUUCAAGGCUUCCCUCGUUCAGGAUCAGUUCAGCACCCACUCGAACCACAUGGGUCAACGCUAUGUCUAUCUCACGGCCACUUAUGCCAACGGCGUUGUGACGAUCACCACCCCUCCCAAUUCGUUCGUCCUUCCUCCUGGCUGGUACAUGAUCUUUGUGCUCGACAACGGUGUCCCGUCUGUUGCCGAGUGGGUCCUGGUCGGCAACGAGGUCAUCGAUCCCUCCAUCAACACUUGGAUCGCCAACCUGGUCAACAACGUCACCACCACCCCGACUUCGAACUAG